GGCGGCACCGGCGCGGCCAUGGCGCACGGGCCCGGCCGGUGCCGGUGCUGCGGGGCGGAGGCGGCGGAGAGCGGCGCGGCCUGGGGGCUGUACCUGCGCAUCGACCGGCAGCGCCUGCAGUGCCUCAACGAGCGCCGCGAGGGCUCCGGAGCCACCGUGUUCCGGCCCUGGGAGCAGCGCGGGGACCGCUCGCAGUUCGUGGAGAGCGAUGAUGAUGAGGAGCUGCUCUUCAACAUCCCGUUCACGGGCAGCGUGAAGCUGAAAGGAGUCAUUGUGAUGGGCGAGGAUGGCGAUUCACACCCGGCCGAGAUGAGGCUGUUCAGGAACAUUCCUCACAUGUCCUUUGAUGACACAGCCAAGGAACCAGAGCAGAGCUUCAGCCUGAGCCGGGAUCCCUUGGGAGAGCUGGAAUAUCCCACCAAAAUUUCCCGUUUCUCCAACGUUUACCACCUCUCCAUGCACUUCCCAAAGAACUUCGGAGCGGAGACAACCAAGAUUUUUUACAUAGGCCUGAAAGGGGAGUGGACGGAGGCUCAUCGCCACGAGGUCACCAUCUGCAACUACGAAGCCUCGGCCAACCCGGCCGACCACAAGGUGGAACAGAUCACCCCGCAGACUCACUUCAUCUCCUAACGGGAGCCCGCCGGGGUUAGGAACGGCAGCCCGGGGCAGCCCCGAGUUCGCGGGACGGACACGGCGGCGCCGCGUGCUGUGACUGCCAAUAAACACGCUGCGGUGCAGA